AUGACCAAAGUAGCCGUUGUCACUGGUUCGAACAAAGGCAUCGGAUUCGCCAUUGUAAAGGGGCUAUUGAAGAGGUUCAAAGGUGUCGUGUACUUGACGGCUAGAGACGAUGCAAAGGGAAGAGCGGCGGUGGAAGAACUCAACAAAGUCGGCCUUCAGCCGGCGUAUCACCAACUGGACGUAACCGACAGGGAGAGUGUGACGACAUUCCGAGAUUACAUCAGAGAGCAGCACGGCGGUAUAGACAUCCUGAUAAACAAUGCCGCAGUUGCGAACACCGUUUCACUGUACAACUCAUAUGAAGACAACAAGUACGUUGUAGAUGUGAACUUCUUUAGCGUUCUGACAAUACAGGAGAUUCUUUACCCUCUCGUGAGAGAUAAUGGACGAAUUUUGAACGUAUCCAGCGACUGCGGUCAUCUUUCGAACGUCCGGAACAGUUAUUGGAUACAGAGAUUAUCUAGCAAGGAGUUAACAGUGAAGGAUAUUAUAGAAUUCGUGAAUUGGUUCUUGGAAGGAGUUAAGGGCGGAACUUUCAAUUAUGAUGACAUCGCCGAUGGUGGUACAUUAGCUGGUUAUAGAAUCGCCAAGGUGGCUCUUUGUGCCCUGACGAUUGUGCAACAGAACGAUUUGGCUUCUAGAAACAUAUCAGUUAACUCAAUGCACCCGGGAUUUGUCAAAACUGAUAUGACGGUCGGCAGAGGCUUCUACGACGUAGAUCAAGCUGCUGAGACCCCACUUUACUUAAUCCUAGAGGCUCCUCAAGAUCUGAAAGGUGCAUACGUUUGGUACGAUAGAAGAGUGCUUGAUUGGUAUGAUUAUAAAGCUGAUUAUUACUUCAAAUCGAAAGAAUUCACAAAAUAG